AUGAAAAGCAAUCUGUUCGGUCGCAAUGCAACACCCAAGGCUGGUAAUAGCAAAACAGCAACCAUGAGCGGCAAAAGGCCAGUGGACAAGCCAAAGCCAAAGAAUCUCACGCUUCGUGUCCCCAAUGUCUUCAAAAAAGGCGACUCCGUCCUUCUCAUGUCUGCCAGUCACCGGGGAGACAUGUAUCACUUUCGGGCGGCGUUGCAAAUAGAGAAUUUCUCGGUUAUUCUCUACGACUCCAAUCACACUGAUGAUACAAAGCCCAAAACAAAGGAUCUUGAAGACUACUUGGCUGAAUCGGUGCUGAGGAGGGGAAAGCAUAUCUUUAUAGUUCCGUGGAAGUAUGGCGCGUUGCACGGCGACGAGCAACCUGAUCCUACCAAGCCUUGUUUCUUGGACGGAAAAUUAUAUGUAGAAAAAGAACACAGUCUCGCAAAGGUUCAAUUAGGCACAUUCAGCGAGAGAGCUUCCACUCAAAUCAUUGCCAGCGCGCCGGAUGCUUUAAAGGACGUCAUUACUGGGAUGACUAUCCUCAGCAAAACCAUGGUGGGCAAUAAGUUUCCCGAUUUCGAACAACUUUUAGAGGAGUUUCCAACAGUCUCGGACGACUUCGAAAGGCUCUGGACGCAAUGGAAGGACGCUGGGGUCAAGGCCGGCGAGAAUGCAAUCCUUCUCAUGUAUCGAGAUACCGGUACGCGGGAUCCCGCUCCGGUAGUAACAAUGGGCGUCUACCCGGAGCUUGAUAAUGGAAAAGCCACCGAUGAUAUUACUAAACUUGUCGCUGAUAUAGCAAAGAAGGAAAAUAAACCGUUGACCAUUUUCACAUGUGGAUUCAAGGAUUCCGACAUUGGGGAAUACUGGAACGAUCUUCGCAACAUAAAACCCAAAGAGCCCAAAAUCAGCACAAGAGACUUUGAAGCCUACUUUCUCAAGUGGUCAUAUGAAAAAAAGCAUUUUAGGAUGGCCACGGGGUUCCGGAGCGGCGCUUUGGAUUUGUUUACCUUUAUGGGCAUCCCGACGGUAUCGAUUGGAUUGCGCAACUUGAUGGGAGAAGGGCGGCAUCAGAUGUUGGCACAUGAAAAGUUUCAAAGAGUCAAUAUCCAAUAUGACAGCCCACGCCACAAGGUAACCGCGGCCGUGAAAUCCGAUCGCCAGGACAACUCGUCCAAGCCUGAUCAAACUACAUUUGGGUCUCCAUUCUGGAUCGACGGUUUCCAGCAUCCAGAGAAUGCCACAAAGAGGGCUAUACCGGAAGAUACGAAGGGAGAGCAAAUGCAAAAGGCUGGCAACUUCGCUUCGUUCGACAAGACUGUCGUGGACAUUGGUUACAGGUUUGCCUUGGAAAAACACAUGAGUUUGGGACAGACAAUCCGUACAUUGAAGGCCAACCCCGAAACGAAAAGAAAUGAGCUUCCUCGCACUAUUACCACAAAUGAAGCGAGAUUCUGCUACCCACAUAAACUGUCGGGUCAAAGGGAAGCCUUAAAGAAGUAUUUUGACGACCAAGAGAAGCUCGAUUAUCAGGCUGUCACGGCAAUGAAGGAAGCUUCUGCAGAGCUCCAGCAAUCACCGGCAAUGAUUAAGAAAUAUGAGAAGGAUUAUGAUGACAACUGGGACGAAAUGAUCAUACUCAUUAAGAAAUCCAAGAGUAUCGCUCCAUUGGAAAAGAAGCGCGGGCCAAGGUUCGAUAACACUAAGAAGUAG